AUGUACGACGUCAUUUGGGAACUUGCCAUUGGUGGCAUUGACAGCUCGAUUCAAGGCAAUGGUGGGGAGGAGUGUAUGAAUUAUCUCCCAUCAUGGCAGCGAUUUUUGGAGUCCAUCGUCUUCAUCCCACUCUCAUUCUGGGCAGCCUAUAUGUCAAUUCCGCUUGAUUGCUCAUUUACACUACCCGUGAAAAACGUGUCCAGAUAUGUGAUACUCACCGUAUAUAGUCUUAUUUUUGGCGCCGAGCUUGCCUAUAAGAUGAUUUCAAAAACUGGAAUUUUCUUACUUAACCCAUGCCACGUCACCACUACAAUGCAAUUGAUGUUACUCACCAUGGAGGGGACUUCUAAAAAAGCCUGUUUCCUCUUCCGAUUGAUGCUCUAUUUUAUGCCCGGUGCGUGGUUCGCGUUGGCGUUUCCAAUUUUGAACACAAGAAAUCUGCCCGGAGAAGUGUUCAUUUACUACGCGCAACACAUUGCGAUUCUCGUGGUGCCAGUGUAUCUCAUGUACAUACAGGGGGCGUUCGAGCCGGAGAAGGCUUACGAUUUUGGAUGGACGGUUUUUGGGAUCUCACUCUUUUCACUUUAUCAUUUCGUCAUUCUUCAAGUUGGAGCUAUGAUCACCCGCGUCAACCUGAACAACAUCAUGUGCCCUGCGGUUUCGGACCCGUUCCAGUCUCGCGCCUACCGUAUCAUCGCGGUCGGCCAUCAGUGCAUCCUCAUUCCGAUUCUCUCCAAGACAUACUCGGCUAUGUCGCUAGCCGCUGUGGAUUUCUACAAAACAGUGUAUGAAAUGCCAUCGGUGCCAUCGUCGAGGAAACUGUGCGAGAUGAACGAUGAGAACACAAUCUGUUUGAAACCAGCCAAAUUGAAACUCUGA